CUGGAGUACCCGAUUGUUGCUCUAGUUUUUGCAUGGAUCCCCAUUUGCUGCAGUUGUGCCAAGUGGCUUCACUUCUGAUAACAGAGACAGGAAUCACCCGGUCGUUUUCUAUGUUAAGGGCUGGAUUUGAUGAGGUCCGUUUGGCUGUUGGAGGAACGGAAAGGUGUGAAACCGUCUGAGUGGGAAGUCUCGUUCUGGGAGGGUGCAAUGGAUUUACUGAAAGAACUGAAAAGUAUGCCUAUGACUUUGGACUUACUGCAGUCCACCCGCAUUGGGAUGUCAGUAAAUGCACUGAGAAAGCAGAGCACAGAUGAAGAAGUGAUAUCGCUUGCCAAGUCCCUCAUCAAAUCUUGGAAAAAACUUCUAGAUGCUUCUGAGGAAAAAAGUGAGGAGAAAAAGAAAAGCCUGUCCUUGCCAACAUCUUCCUCGAAGGACACUGGUAGCUCAAGGGACCAAAGCUCCAACAAAAGGCAGGAGCCUCCGAAGACUCCGACCACCCCCAAAAUCACCACCUUCCCUCCAGCACCUGUCACCUGUGAUGCUGUCCGCAACAAAUGCAGACAAAUGCUGACAACAGCUCUGCAGGCUGAUGAUGACUAUAUUGCCAUUGGCGCCGACUGUGAGCACAUAGCAGCCCAGAUUGAAGAAUGCAUAUACCAAGAUGUCAAGAACACUGACAUGAAAUAUAAAAAUCGAGUGAGGAGCCGCAUCUCCAAUCUGAGGGACUCCAAAAAUCCUGAGCUGAAAAAGAAUGUGCUGUGUGGGGCGAUUACCCCUGAGCAGAUUGCGGUGAUGACUUCGGAGGAAAUGGCCAGUAAUGAGCUGAAAGAGAUCAGGAAAGCCAUGACAAAAGAAGCAAUCCGGGAGCAUCAGAUGGCCAAGACAGGAGGGACGCAGACUGACCUCUUCACCUGUGGGAAAUGCAAGAAGAAGAACUGCACCUACACCCAGGUGCAGACCCGCAGCUCCGAUGAGCCCAUGACCACCUUCGUCGUGUGCAACGAGUGCGGGAACCGCUGGAAGUUCUGCUGAUAUGUGCCAUGGCCUGAGAGCAGCAGCCAAACGCAGUUCAGAGCGCAACUUCCAUACGUCAGCUCCCACGGCAAUUGUGUAUUGUGUCCCAAGUGAGUUUGCGUUGUCACAUGCGCUGAGAGAGCAGCUGCGGGGAGGCCAGCCUCUCUGCUUGGGCCUUGGUGGAGAGCCCCGGCUGGGGGCUGCCAGGUUGGCAGGAGAGCUCACUAAACACAUAGUCGUUAUUUUCUCAUCUAAGCAAGUAUGGUCACUUUUUCUUCAAAACUAAUAUUAAACAUUUUUGUCAGUUUCUGACUCUUAUUUGAA